CUAGAUGACUACGAGAAAUGGCGAAACGAGGUUGUCUCGAGGGAAGAGGAGCUUUCGUUUGAUGCCCGGUGCCGCUCCCGCGCCACGCCCCAGGAACUCCGAGUUGAUGGCAUUAUCCGAAAGAUGCGACGGCGAGACGACGCUUUCUUUGCGCGCCAACCGCCGCGAAAGGGAUAUAGAGGUCAGCUGCAUACACGCUUUGCUGGCGACCACUUUUUGGGCAACGUCGACCUCAUCAACAAGACGGCGCUGUUCCAGAUUGCUUCCAAAAUGCCCAAGGGUGCCCACCUGCACAUUCACUUUAACGCCUGUCUCCCACCAAAGGUGCUUCUCGAUAUUGCAAAGGGCAUGGAUCGCAUGUUCAUUACGAGCUCUCUCCCCCUUGUCCGCAAGUCUGAGACUCAUGGAGAGGAUGAGUAUGAAAAUUUCCACAAGUGCGAGAUACAAUUUUCCAUCAUGAGCGUUGAGAAAGAGAAGGAGGAUCCUGGCGACCUGUUUUCGGCCGACUACAGAUCUAGACAGUCGAUGAAAUUCUCUGAGUUUUUGCGUCGGUUCCCGGAUGUUUAUACGGCGGCCACGCCUGACGAGUGGUUGCUGCAUAAGCUCAUGUUUGAGGAGAUGGAGGCUCACCAUCCUUAUCAGACAGCCUCUGGCGCUUGGGAAAAGUUUAACGGGAGGACACGCAUGAUGAAGGGCUUGUUCAACUAUGAAACGGCAUACCGCGCUUAUACAUAUCGCUGCCUCGAGGACUUCGCCCGUGAUAAUAUUCAGUACGCUGAAAUACGACCCAACUUUAUGAUGAGCAACCAGCUCUACCACGAUGACGGCACCGGUCCCAUCAACAACGAGGGCAUCAUGUCCAUAAUCAUCAACGAGGUGGAGAAAUUCCAACGAGACAGGGCCGAACAGGGCAAAUAUUUCGGAGGGCUCAAAGUGAUAUACUGCACGCCACGAUCGAUGCCUCGGCCAGAUAUCCAAGCCGCCCUCGCCGAAUGCAUGGAGUUCAAGAAGAAGUGGCCUCAGUGGAUAGCAGGUUUCGACCUGGUUGGGGAAGAGGCAAAGCCUAAUCCUCUAAAGACGUAUAUUCCUGAAUUCCUGGAGUUCAAGAAGAAGUGCGCCGAGCAAAACCUGGACAUCCCCUUUUUAUUUCAUUGCGGUGAGACGCUGGACAUGGGCACCGACACGGAUGGUAAUCUGGUCGACGCUCUGCUGCUCGGCUCGAAGCGCAUUGGGCACGGCUUCGCCCUGGCAAAACACCCUUACAUUAUGCAACAGAUGAAAGCCAAGGGCAUCUGCCUGGAGUUGUGUCCGAUUUCCAACGAGAUUCUAGGGCUUACUCCACGAGCGAAUGGACACACCAUGUACCAGCUGCUGGCGAACAACGUGCAUUGUACCGUGAGCUCCGACAACGGUGCGCUCUUUAGAUCUACUCUGUCUCACGACUUUUAUCAGGUCAUGGUGGGCAAGGCAGACAUGGGGCUGUACGGAUGGAAGCAGCUCGUCAUGUGGAGCCUCGAACACGCGUGUCUCAGCGACAAGGAGAGGGAGACAAUGUUUCGUGAGUGGGAGCAGCUGUGGAUUGAGUUUCUCGAGUGGGUAGAGAAGACUUUUGGUGAUGUGGACGACGAAGCCAAGAUUUGA